UGUCGUUCUUCGCUUUUAAAACAUGCCGGAACAGAAUAACAAAGGCUUAAGAUUUGAUAACCGAGAUGAUGUAUGACGCUGGCGGGAUUAUGAUACAAUUGAACUGUUCUAGUUCUAGAAUAGAUAGUUCAGGUUAUAACCGCGGUUUCAAUUAAUAACUUGAUAUGGCGAGGGAUUUAUGCAGAACGAUUCCAAAGAUGCGUAUCAAAUGGUGGUUUGAUAAACCUCAUAUGGAAAUAGCGAUUGAGAGGCUUGGGUGGGAAAAGGUUCCAGAGGAUGAGAAUGCAGACUUUUACUGGCACGAUAAGACUUAUUAUGCAGACUUAUUUGAACAUGAGCCGAAGUUGGUCGGAGUCAAUAAAAUACCGGGUAUUCUGGAACUUUGUACAAAGGCUAGAUUGUCAGAAAUAUUAACUACAAAGAAAGCAAUCAAUCCAAACAUAUUUCAAUUUCAUCCCAAAACGUGGAUUCUUCCCCAGCAGUAUAAACAGUUCACAGAAGAAACCAAACAGGAAAACAAAGUAUUGAGCGAUGGCGAGUUAGCGACGUAUUACAUAUACAAACCGAGCGUUGGAACGCAUGGUAACGGAAUAUUUUUAGCGAAUGGAUCAGUAGAUAUACAGACAGAGGACAAUAAUUACAUUGUACAGAAAUAUCUUGAUCCGCCUCUACUUAUUGAAGGAUAUAAAUUUGAUCUACGAUUUUAUGUUGUGAUUGCUAGAGUUGAUCCACCAGAAAUAUAUUUAUGUAAUGAGGGUCUCGUGAGGUUAUGUACAACAAAAUACGAAUCGCCGUGUGAUAAAAAUUGUGACGAUAUUUUCAUGCACUUGACAAAUUAUAAAAUCAACGUUCAUAACAAAUCUUUUCAACAAACUCCGUCUCCGAGCACUGGUUCAAAGAGGACGUGGAAGAGCGUCAAAGAAACUCUGAGGGAGCGUGGAUGUGAUGUCGAAACAGCGACGAGGAGAAUAAAAGAACUAUGCGUGAACACGUCAUUAGUUCUUCUGGAUGAAGUAAAGCAAACACAAGAAAUAAACCCAUACCGCACGAGGUGGUUUCAUAUCUUAGGAUUUGAUGUAAUUCUGGACUCAGAUAUGCAACCCUAUUUAUUGGAAAUAAACAGCGCUCCAAGACUUGGAGUUGUUCAUCAUAAUGUACCGGAUUUGAUGGGAAAACGUUACAUAUUGAAUGUUGUGGAUCAACAGAUAAAAAUACCUUUGAUCGUAGAUGUUUUGAAGUUAGUAACGAUGGGAGAGAAAAAUGUUGAUAUGACGUCAUCAUGUCUGGAAAGAAUUUUCCCCAUUAAUAAUGAAGAAGAUGGCGCUAACGGGUCUUGCGAACUUGGCCAUGGAAUUUUGGAACAGAGGCUGAAUGUUCAAUAAUCCUAACAAACAAUUAAAAUGCUGGAAGACGAGUCAAUCGCAAUUUUUUAGUGUAUUAAUCACUCAUAAUUACUUUUAUAUAUUUUUUACAUGUUUUUUAAUUAAAUUUCGUGAAUGAUGCAAAAUAAGAAAGUCUAAGAAUUUGUGAAGAGUUGCAAAGAAUAUUCACAACGAGAUGGACCGCCUAACCUGACCACUGUGAAAUACUAGUCAAUGUAUUGUCUGCAUUGGAAGACUGAUUAUUCAUUCUCCUUUGAACUCUCUUAAAUAUAUGCAAUAAGUGGACAA